AUGCCCUCAACUCACAGCUUUUGCCCCUCCUCUAGCGAUAACCUACGCGACCACUAUGCCGAGUGCGCCCAACGGGGCGAUCGCCAAAUCCCCGAGACCGGACAGAGGGGUCGUCGUCGUCAUGCAUGCCUUUCAUGCACGUCCAUGAAACUGCGAUGCGACGGCCAAAGUCCCUGCGGGUCUUGCGUGAAACGGAACCUAGACUGCAAUAAUGAACGGAUCGGCCGACCGCAAAAUCCUGGUCUGGACGAAGGCUCGCCUUCAACUCGAACCGAGACGUACGCUGAACAGUCCGAUCGCGGGUCGAUCAAGUUCCUUCUUAAUGGAGGCCUCGACAGCUUCACGGAACACUUCCGCCUCCCACCACGCAACGAACGAGCUCGCAACUUGAUAUUCAAUGACCAGGAGCUACAGGAGGAUACAAAUGGAGUGUUUCAAUACGAUGUCCAAGCCAAUCGACAGGCAUAUAAUCCGGCCUUGGUGGACCCGGACCCGAACUCGAUACAAUAUUUCCCCAAUAAUUUCCUCGACUUCUUCAACAUGUCAUUCGGUGAUCAGAAGCCCAUUGAAGAUCCAUACACAGGGCACAUCACCUUUCCGGCGGGUAUCCCGCCCGUCCAAGAUCAUCACGCGGCUAUCAUACCCGAUCAAAAUGUCUUUGAGCCAGAGCGCCCGUUCGCGAUGGCCUUGAUCCAAUCGAUUCUAGCUCGGGCAUGGACAGUGCCUUUGGAUAACAAGGGCCAAGAAGAGAUUUCGUCGAACCUCAAUUACCUCCUGACCACCGCGCGCAUCAGGAAAUUUGUUUCAUUGUACUUCAAAUUCUGGCAGCCCAGCUGCCCUAUGAUUCACAUUCCUUCCUUCGACCCAGAGAUGGUGUCCUUGCCACUCUUGGCCGCGGUAGUCUUCAUGGGCGCCAUGUAUAGCACCGAUCAGAGAGAAGUCUACAUCGCCAAACGAGUGCUUGACUUCGCCGAAAUGUUCAUUUAUUCCAGUCAAGUCUACUCCGCUGAAAACGAAAUUGCAAGCUUGUUCUUGGGGAACCGGAAUACUGUCGAUGAGGCAGAUGAUUGGGUCAAAUUUCAAAAUUUUCAAGCCGGAUUCAUCAUGAUCGCGACCCAAUAUUGGGCAGGGAACCAGAUUGCUCGAAGUCGUGCAAUGGAGAACCGGUUUAGCGAAGUCGUCAAGGUAAGGCUCAUCGGUCGCAUCAAAUGCAUAAAUCAUACUAAUAGUGGUUCAAGCUCGCUCGGCGUCUUUCCCUUGUCAAGUGCCGUCAUAUGCCACAUGAACAGUCAAAUGAAAUGCUCUGGAUUCAAACAGAAUGCCGCAUUCGGUGAGUAUUGGAUUUAA